GUCGAAGCACCCGCUCGGUGCAUGCAGUCUCUCUCUCUCUCUCUCUCCCCCGAGCGUUUCUCUCUCCCCUCUUCUACAGUCCGAGCGUCGCGAAGACGGAGAUUCCUCUUUGCGUCGCUCUCUCUGUCUCUGUCUCUGUCUCUGUCUCUCUCUCUCUCUCACCGCACACUCUCUCGCGCCUUCGUUCUGCGUAAUCACGGUUUCCGAGUCUCUUUCACUCGCAUUUGGCCGUCCGGAGUUGGGAUGAACUAGGGUUUUCGUUCCGGAAUGGGGAGGGAGGAAUCUGUUUGGUACUCAUGCAGUUUGUAGUAGAGCUAAGUUUUGAAGACAUCUGAUAUAACUUCGGGUUGUGCUACUGAUCUUUGUUGUUUCUCAUCGGUGUCAGGGGUGUGCUUUGGGCCUUCGUUUAUGGUGCUUUUCCAAGAAAAGUUGUGAAAGAUAUGGAAGAGAGCCCCUCAACAACAGUUUGGGAUGGGAGAAUAACAGGGAUUAAAUUUGGUUUGGCAUCCUCUGAGGAGAUUUGCAUAUCUUCCAAUAGCGACUUUCCUAUAACUCAUGCUAGUCAGCUUGCGAAUCCUUUCCUUGGUUUGCCACUUGACUCGGGAAAAUGUGAAUCAUGUGGUGCAGUGGAACCUGGAAACUGUGAAGGUCAUUUUGGGUAUAUAGAGUUACCAAUUCCCAUUUAUCACCCUUCACAUUUGAGCGAGCUGAAGAGGUUACUGAGUUUACUGUGCUUGAAAUGUUUGAAGCUAAAAAGUGGAAAGUUUCAGGUCAAAGACAUUGGCUUUCUUGAAAGAGCUUUGUCCUCAUGUUGCGAGGAGGCUUCUCAAAUUUCUGUUGACGAGGUUACAACAACAGAUGGCGCAGGCUACAUAGAGUUAAAACUGCCAUCUAAGUCAAACAUCCGAGAAGGAUACUGGAAUUUUUUAGACAGAUAUGGUUACAGAUAUGGUGAAGGCAAAAGGCGACCUUUGCUUCCUUCUGAGGUGAAUGCAAUUCUAAAAAAAAUACCUGCGGAGACCAAGAAAAAGCUUGCUGUGAAAGGAUACUUCCCUCAAGAUGGGUAUAUCAUCCAAUAUUUGCCAGUCCCGCCAAACUGUUUGUCUGUUCCAGACAUAUCUGAUGGAAUUACUGUCAUGUCCUCAGAUCUCUCUAUUACGAUGCUGAAGAAAGUACUGAAGCAAGUUGAGAUUAUCAAAAGUUCAAGAUCUGGGACCCCAAAUUUUGAAUCUCAUGAAGUUGAAGCAAAUGAUUUGCAAGCAACAGUUGCACAGUAUCUUCGAGUUAGAGGUGCUGCCAAGGCAUCUCGUGAUGUUGAAACAAGAUUUGGGAUUAGAAAAGAGCUGAAUGAUUCUUCUACUAAAGCAUGGCUUGAGAAGAUGAAGACCUUAUUUAUCCGAAAGGGUUCAGGAUUCUCUUCACGGAGUGUUAUUACUGGUGAUGCGUAUAAAGGUGUCCAGGAAAUUGGACUACCUUUUGAAAUUGCUCAAAGGAUUACAUUCGAGGAGAGAGUUACUCAGUAUAAUAUGCAGUAUCUGCAGAAGCUGGUCGAUGAAAAACUCUGUUUAACCUAUAGGGAUGGUUCAUCAACUUAUUCUCUACGGGAAGGUUCAAAGGGACAUACCUUUUUAAGACCUGGUCAAGUGGUACAUCGACGGGUAAUGGAUGGGGAUAUAGUUUUCAUAAAUAGACCACCAACCACUCACAAACAUUCCCUCCAAGCUUUGUCAGUAUAUGUUCACGAUGAUCAUACGGUCAAGAUCAACCCGCUUAUUUGCGGGCCACUUAGUGCUGAUUUUGAUGGGGACUGUGUUCAUUUAUUUUAUCCCCAAUCUCUUGCUGCUAAAGCAGAGGUUUUGGAACUCUUCUCUGUUGACAAACAGUUGCAGAGUUCUCAUAGUGGGAACCUUAACUUGCAAUUGACCACUGAUUCGUUAUUAUCUCUAAAAAUUAUGUUUAAGAAUUACUUCUUCUCUAGAGCAGUGGCCCAACAGUUAGUGAUGUUCGUUUCAAAUUCUUUGCCAUUGCCGGCAGUGGUGAAGGCUCAAAGAUCAGGCCCUCAGUGGACUGCUUUACAAGUAUUACAGACUGCUCUUCCGCGGUGCUUUGACUUUUGGAAGGAGACAAGUCUCAUUCGACAAAGUGAAAUACUGAGUAUAGAUUUUAGCAGAGACCUUUUACAAGGAAUGACUAAUGAUAUUAUUACCUCUAUUUUCUGUGACAAGGACCCAGGGGAAGUUUUAAAGUUCUUUAACUUUUUACAGCCCUUGCUCAUGGAACAUUUGUUUUCAAAUGGGUAUAGUGUGAGCCUAGAAGAUUUUUCCAUACCCACAGAGGUAGUGAAAGAUAUUAAAAAAUGCAUUCAGGAUGUUUCACCAUUGUUGCGUCAUUUGCGGUCAGCUUAUAACGAGUUGGUAGAGUUGCAAUUGGAGAAUCAGUUGCGACUUUUGAGAGUUCCUGUUGCAAAUUUUGUUCUGAAGUCCUCAGCAAUAGGUAAUGUAAUAGAUUCUAAAAGUGAUUCAGCCAUUAAUAAAGUUGUCCAACAAAUUGGGUUCUUGGGGUUGCAACUUUCAGACAAGGGGAAAUUUUACUCCAAGAGUUUGGUAGGUGACAUGGCUUAUCUUUUUGAGAAGAAGUAUCCUCUGUGUGGUACCCAUCCAUCUGAGGAGUUUGGCCUGGUGACGAGUUGCCUUUUUCAUGGCUUGGAUCCAUAUCAGGAGAUGGUUCAUUCUAUUUCUGCCAGGGAAGUGAUUGUCCGUUCGUCUAGAGGAUUGACAGAACCGGGGACUCUAUUCAAGAAUUUAAUGGCCAUACUUCGGGAUGUUGUCAUCUGUUAUGAUGGGACAGUGAGGAAUCUCUGUAGCAAUUCAAUAAUUCAAUUUGAGUAUGGUUAUAAGCCUGGGACAAAGAGAUUAUUUGUUGCUGGUGAACCUGUUGGUGUGUUGGCUGCAACUGCCAUGUCAAAUCCAGCAUAUAAAGCAGUCCUUGACUCUUCCCCGAGCAGUAAUUCCUCAUGGGAGAUGAUGAAGGAGAUACUUCUUUGCUCAGUAAAUUUCAAGAAUGAUCUCUCAGACCGACGGGUAAUAAUAUAUUUGAAUGAUUGUGAUUGUGGGAGAAAGUAUUGCCGAGAAAAUGCUGCGUAUCUGGUUAAGAAUCAGUUGAAAAAAGUCAGACUAAAGGAUAUUGCUGCUGAAUUCUUGAUUGAGUAUAACGGGCUACAAAGAAUGCAUGGAAGUUCUGAAUUUGAUGCUAAUCUUCUUGGCCAUGUUCAUCUUAAUAAGGCACAGUUUGAAGGCUUGCAUAUGGACUUGCAAGAGGCUUGUGAGAAAUGCCAAGAAACUAUGAAUUCAUUUCGGAAGAAGAAGAAAGUUGGUCAUCUCUUCAAGAGAUUAAAAAUAUCUGCAUGCGAAGAUUGUUCUUUUGGGCAAUCAUCAGAUAUUGGUGUGCCGUGCUUGAAGUUCUGGCAAGACAUUGGUGGUGAUCAUCUAGAGAGGAACUCACAUAUUCUUGCUGACACAGUUUGUCCUGUCUUGCUAGAAACUGUUAUUAAAGGUGACCGAAGAGUUUGCUGGGCAAAUGUGAUUUGGAUUAGUCCAGAUACAACAACUUGGAUCAGAAAUCCUUGCAAGAGUAAAGAAGGCGAACUGGCUUUGGAUGUUGUCCUGGAGAAAGAAGCUAUUAAGCGGUCUGGAGAUGCAUGGAGGAUUCUCAUGGACUGUUGCCUUCCAGUCAUUCAUCUAAUUGACACAAGUCGUUCAAUCCCCAAUGCAAUAAAGCAAGUACAGGAACUGCUUGGAAUUUCUUGUGCUUUUGAGCAAGCUGUUCAGCGCCUCUCGACAUCAGUGUCAAUGGUUGCAAAAGGUGUGCUUAAGGAUCAUCUUAUUCUCUUGGCUAAUAGUAUGACAUGCCCUGGGAAUAUGAUUGGUUUCAAUAGUGGUGGUAUAAAAGCACUGUCUCGAUCACUGAAUGUCCAAGUACCAUUUGCAGAGGCAACAUUGUUUACACCAAAAAAAUGCUUUGAGAGAGCUGCCGAAAAGUGUCAUGCUGAUUCCUUAUCAAGCAUAGUUGCUUCAUGUUCAUGGGGAAAACAUGUGACUGUUGGCACAGGCUCUCAAUUUGACGUUCUUUGGGGCACAAGAGAGGUUGGACUGAAUAAUCAAGAGGGAAUUGAUGUCUAUAACUUUCUUCAUUUGGUAAGGAGUUCGAGAGAAGAGGAAACAGGAACUGAUUGUCUUGGCACAGAAAUUGAUAACAUUGAACUGGAGAAUGAUGAUAUGGAAUGGGCCCCAUCUCCAGACCGUAGCUCUGAUAAGCCAAUCUUUGAAGAUAGUUCUGAAGUUCAGAAUGACUUGGAGGAUCUGACAGUGGACUGGAGUAGGCCCAGUGGAUCUAAUUGGGAGAAGGUUUCAUGUCUAAAUACAGAGUCCAGUGGCAGGAAUGAUGACCAUGGUGAUGGAAAAGAUUGGAUGGUAGACAAAAAACAAAACUUGGGGGGUAAAAAAUCAUUGUCAGAAUCAAGUGGUUGGUCCAGUUGGGGUCUUGGUACAGUUCGAACAGAUGAUGUACUUUGUACAACCACUGAGAAAACAAAACAGGGGGAUACUUCUAAAACUGUUGUUGGUUGGGGCCAUUCCAAUAGUGAUCGAUCAGAUGAAUUGGAAUCUCAGUCAGGAAAGCGAAAAGAGUCUCCUUCCUAUUUCUGGAAUUCCAGUGGAAAUGAUGAGUCCAAUGAUGGAAUUGAUUGGAUGGCUGGAAAAAAGCCACAUCCCGGUGCUGGCGUAACACCAACAAAUCCAAGUGGGUCUUCCAGCUGGGGAGCUGAUUCUGUGAAGACACAGGAUAACCUCUGGAAUUCCAGUCAGAAUGACAAGUCCAAUGAUGGGAAUGAUUGGCUGGAUGGAAAAAAGAAAAUUCUAGGUUCCAGUACAAUGUCAGUAAAUCCAAGUGGGUGGUCCAGUUGGGGAGCUGACACUGGGAAGACACAUGAUAACCUCUGGAACUCCAGUCAAAAUGAUGAGUCCAAUGAUGAAUGGCUGGCUGGAAAAAAGAAAAAUCUAGGUGCUGGCACAGCACCAGCAAAUCCGAGUGGUUGGUCCAGUUGGGGAGCUGAUGCUGGGAAGACACAGGAUAACCUCUCUAGAAGACCACCAGAGCUACAACAGGAUAUUCUGGUUGAUGAGAGCCAAUGUACAGUUGAUGAAAAAUCUCAGGCUGGACAGAAGAAAGAAUCACCUGCCAGUUUAUGGAAUCGCAGUCAAAAUGUAAUGAAUGAACAGACAAAUCAAUCAGCAAGUGAAAGUGGCUGGGAUCCUGCAAACACAGUCAGUCAGAAUGAAAGUGUACAACCACAGUGGGGUAAGCCAAGAAGGUUCUCUUCUAAGAAAGAACAAACUGAUAGCCCACGUGGUUGGGGUUCCUCUAAUACUGGAGAUUGGAAAAACAAAGCAGUUGGAAAUUUAACUGCAACAAGACAGCGAUUGGAUAUGUUCACCUCUGAGGAACAAGAUAUUUUGUCAGAUGUUGAGUUGAUAAUGCAAUCUAUUAGAAGAAUUCUGCAUCAGACUGGGUACAAUGACGGGGAUCCAUUGUCUGCCGAGGAUCAGUCAUUCGUGCUUGACAAUGUGUUCACUCAUCAUCCUGAUAAAAGUACAAAGAUGGGAGCAGGGAUAGAUUAUGUAAUGGUUACGAAGCACAGCAGUUUUCAGGACAGCAGGUGCUUCUAUAUCGUCAAGACGGAUGGUCACAAAGAGGAUUUUUCUUACCGCAAAUGUUUAGAGAACUUCAUCAGGGGGAAGUACCCUGACAGGGCUGAAGCUUUCAUUCCAAAGUACUUCAAGAAGCCUCGUUCUGGAUGGAACCGAGAACGCAGUGUUGCUCCGGAUGAAGCUGGGCCUGAUAACAGGCCUGCUCGUUCUGGUUGGAACAGGGAAAGCAGUAUUGCUCCUGAUGAAGCCGUGUCUGAAAACAGGCGUGCUCGUUCUGGUUGGAACAGGGAAAGCAGUGUUGCUCCUGAUGAAGCCGGGCCUGAAAACAGGCCUGCUCGUUCUGGUUGGAACAGGGAAAGUAGUGUUGCUCCCGAUGACGCCAGGCCAGGAAACAAGCCUGCUCGUUCUGGUUGGAACAGGGAAGGCAGUGUUACUCCAGAUGAAGCCGAGCCGAAAAACAGGUGGUAGGCUGAUGUCGUAAUAUUUGUGCAGGGUAACUUGUUAGACUCUCUGUAGGUUUAAUUUUUCUGUAAGUAGGUAAAGAAGUUUUUCUGCGCCCAUCCCAUCUUUUGCUAUUUUGAUUUGUACAUAAGGGAGCAGAUGCAGAUGCAUGCUAUAACAUUUCAAGUGUUAAAAUCCCAAAUUUUAAUGGGCUGCCCCAUUCUUACCAGCGGGAGCAGUUAGCUGCUAUUUUGAUGAUCUAUUUGGUUGUA